AUGCAAAAUUGGCAAGUGUAUCCAAGGCAACGAAAUUAUUUGCCGGUUUUUAGACGACGCAACGUCGAGGAGACAUGGGAAGCUUACACUCAAUUACGACAUUCGAGCAUCAAACUUACUCGGACAGAAUUUAGACACACAUGGAAAUUCCUCUUCUCAAAUACGACCAUAACUGCAUUCGCUCCUUUACAACCAGUUUCUAUCCGCCUUGACAUCGAAAUUGUCAUGGUCGUUCUUCGUCGGAUGGAGAGUGCAAAGAUUAUGCCCAAUAGUGUAUUGUAUAAUACCUUGGUUAACGUCGCAGCUCAUCUACUUUCGCCAGCAACCGAGUUUCUGGCCAUCCGGAUUACUACCCAAUGUUAA